AAGAUGAUGGCACACACAGAUGAACGAUCCUCCACUCCUUCUUUCACCAGCAAGGGAACCUCUUUGGUACCAAAGGGAGAUGGGAUUGACAUUGAAGAGAAGGAAGAGUGUAUCCCCAGCAGCUCUGGCCAUCUGAGGGAGCUCUUAAUCACCCCGGACAUCAGCAGUGCCACUGCAUUCCCACUGCAGUACUUGAUGGACUCCAGCAAAGAUGAUGUUAUCUGUUUGGUCACCAUACUGGUGAUAAGGUUGCUAUCGGAGAUCAGACCCUCAGCCCUAGAUGAACCCUCCCAACAGGCAGCAGAUCUGACAGAAACAUCUCAGCAACUCAUCAGACAAGUCCUGUCUGAGUUCUGUGCUGCAUCCAGAUUCUCCAGGACAAAGGCAUAUUCCCAGAACCUGAACAUCCAAAGGGUGUUCAGAGGUGUACAUAAAAACAUCAUGGAGGAGUUUGGCUCUUAUAACACCCUGCAAGCAGCUAUUUCCUCCCAGGACCCUGCAUUUGACAGAGUCCUGGUAAAGUCCUUGACCCAGCAGCUGGUACAGGGAUGCAAGGAGGCGUCAGGACCAGCUUCUGCUGCAACAAACCCAUCAGACCAGGCUGAGACAGAGAGGGGGGUUGAGCAGAAAGCAAGAAGGAGCUUCCUUUGCUUUUCAAUGACCAAACUCAGGAUCAACUUCAAGCAUUCCAAGAGAGGAAACAAAAAGGACUGCCAUUCAGUCCAGGAACAGACUGAGAUUCCCUCUACUGAUGGACAUUGCAUAGGUAAGGAUUUUAGAGCUCUGCUAAAGCUUGUAGUUUUGUUUAGGUGUGUGUUAGAAACAUAGGUAUGCCUACCAAACUCACUGCACUGUUAUUUUUCAACGUUACUAUACUGCAUCUCUCUCUCUCUCUCUCUCACCCCAUCCAUUUCUCUUGUGUUUCUCGCUCCAGUUGGAGAGGUUUCUCCCUCCAUAUCUCAGCCUGUCAAAAAACGAUCCUUGAUUGUCAGGGUCUUUUCAGCAAAUAUGAAGCCAUUCAGGCGCUUCACCAAGAAGAACCUGUAACCUCUUACGCUGCAUGAAGAUCUGCUUUUGUAACAGCAAGACUUUUGAAAAGAGGAAUUUCUGCAUGUCUACCCUUUCAAAGUCUAUUUGAUCAAAUAAAUGCAAAUUAUUUUACAAGAAUUUCAAGUGUUUUGGAAGAUUGGUAAAACUGAAGCAGCUUUUCUCAGAGAAAUGCACUAGUUCUCCCUUGGUUACACAUUUAUUGUGCAGUUUUUGAGUUGGCAGGACUUGGGGCA